GAGCAAAGCACGACGAUAGCGGGAGCUCUGCAUCGCGGUUCUGGACACCCAUCGUCCCCCCGCUAGUCUAUCGUCAAGCGGCUUGGGAUUGCGGCGGCUAGCGAUCGAUAUGCACGUUCUGGUAGCCCGAACGCUCCUCUGCUGUCUGUGAGUCGCCAGUAGCCGAGCCGUAUGCCGACUUCACUCGUAGGCCCGCAACUCUGCAUCGAUUAUCACGCAGGGCGUUGCUCCUAUUGAAUGUUGCCAUAUGUAGCGUACGAGGAGGCCCAUGUCCCGCGGCAGCCUCCUCAGGGUUAUAUGGGUGCCCCGCCGGAUGACUGACGUUCCUAGCUCCCGCCCUCGAUAGCCGUUUCCCGUCACGACCGCUCACGAUGGACUCGAACAUCAUCAACGUCGUGCUACGCCGGCUCUUUCUCGCCGUUUUCGCAGCCAUUGCUUACGCGGUGCUGGGUCGCUUGCGCCAGUUCUGGCGGUUGAGGCACUUCAAGGGUCCCCGUACGACGGGCGUCUCGUGGUGGUGGCAUUCCAGAGCCGUCCUCAGCGGAGAGGCACAGAGGUGGUAUGGAGAUGUCACGGAGAAGUAUGGACCGCUUGCGCGUAUAGGGCCAAACCACCUAAUCACGUCGUCGCCUGAGCUAUGGAUGCAUAUCAGUGCCGUUCGAUCUCCGUACAAGCGCGCCGAGUGGUACUAUCAUUGCGCCCGUUUUGAGCCUGGCAAAGACAAUGUGUUCACGGAAUGUGAUACCGAGAAGCACGAUGCUCGGAGAAAGAAGAUGGCUUCCGGCUAUGCUGGAAAGGAGAACCCAGGGCUAGAGUCAUCGGUUGACACCCACGUGAAAGAGCUGGUGCAUUUGGUACGGUCAAAGUAUGCCAGCCCAGCAGCCUCCACCAAAGCCUCAAAACCCAUGGAUAUGGCCAGUAAAAUUCAAUACCUUACGAUAGACGUCAUCAGCGAUGUCGCGCUGGGUCAAGCAUUCGGUGAUCUCAAGGCUGACGGGGACAUGAACGGCUAUCUCAAGGCUUCGGAAGAGGGUCUCAAGAUCGGCAACAUUUCGUUCGGUCUAGGCACUUCAUUCCUGCGCGACCUCCCUAUUAUUGGACCCGCGAUCAGCCCAUCAGAGAAAGAUGCAUCAGGAUUCGGCCGUAUGAUGGCAGAGGCGCGCAGGGUCGUCCGGGAGCGGAGCAUGAAAGGGACCGAAGAGAAGUCCGACAUGUUUGCCUCCUUCGUCCGACACGGAGUAAGCGGGGACGACUUGUUCCAGGAAGUCUUCGAGCAGAUCCUUGCAGGGUCAGACACUACCGCAGCGUCUAUCCGAAUCAUCAUGCUCUAUGUCAUGAGCCAUCCGCGCGUAUACGCCAAAUUGCAAGCUGAGAUUGACGGAGCUGUCAAGGCCGAAAUCGCGCCGGAUUCGCCGGAGAUCAUCGCCGAUACUGAAGCGCGCCGUCUCCCCUAUCUCAGCGCGGUUAUACGUGAGGGCAUGCGUGUCCAUCCGCCCGUGGUCAAUCUCUUCUCUCGAAUCGCUCCGCGGGAAGGCGACGCCGUUACCGUAGACGGCAAAGAAUACUUCAUCCCCGGCGGCACAAUGGUCGGCUAUUCCGCUUGGAGCAUGCAUAGGAACAACAAGUCUCUCUACGGGGAAGACGCCGACGUGUUCCGCCCCGAACGGUGGUUCGUCGAUGAGAGCAUCCCCGAGGAGAAGGAAAGACUGACUCGAAUGUACCGGGUUAACGACCUGAUCUUCGGAUAUGGGGGAUGGGUCUGCCUAGGACGAGUAGUUGCGUUGAUCGAGCUCCACAAGACGAUCUUUGAGUUGCUAAGGAACUUUGACUUUGCGCUCAAGGACCCUUUCAAGCCGUGGGAGCUGUACAAUUCGCUUGGUCUGUGGGAGAUUAAAAAUAUGUGGGUAGACGUUACGGAGAGGUCAUGAUAGCGGGCCCUCUCUUCUGUAGAUGGCUUUUCCUUACUUAUACGAGUAUAUUGCGAUGCCCAAUUAAUAUGGUUGCUUUGGCUGGUUGGGUUGCAGGAGUUUGCAGGAGUGAGCACCGGAGAGUUGUAAGCACGUGGCCACGACCCGUUUUAGCGUGAACGCACAGAUCCUUAGCGCAAUCAAUCU